GAUUGAGGAGGUUCUCAGAGUACCGGAGGCAGGCAGCUGUUUGACUUUAGGACUGUCUCCAGUGAAGCUUCUCUCUACUACUUCCUAUGAUGUGAUCUUUCCUUAAAUAGGGGCACCGAAGCUGUUUGCAGUACUCUAGACAUGGUCUUACUGGUGCCUUGUACAGUUGCAGUAUGACUUCCUACUUUCAUACUCUAGCCCUCUUGAAUUGGAAUGAAAUUGGAAGCAUUGUCACGCCAUUGGAGAGGAUCUUUAAUGCAAUUGUGCUGUCCUUAUGAUGAGAGAAAAGAUGGCAGAAGACAGCAGACAACAACAUAACUAAAUCUUUUUUACAAAGCAAAUCAACAAUCUUCACUUGCUGAACCCAUUCCUUGUGAACUAAGAUUCACUGCUGGUGCUCGAAGAUGAAUAUUUUGAUAAUUAAGCUUCUCUGCAUGGUUGUGGUUUUUAUCCUGAUGAUGCUGGGUUCCCUGAUGCCUGUUUGGAUCAUACAAGCCAACCAUGAGAAAAUGCACAAGUCUAGGAAGUUGCUGUCAAUCUGCAGUUCAUUUGGUGGUGGAAUAUUUCUGGCAACAUGCUUUAAUGCUUUGUUGCCAGUUGUAAGGGAAAAGGUUCAAGAGCUUCUUUCAAUUGGAAAAAUAUCGACUGACUACCCACUGAGUGAGACAACAAUGAUGGUGGGUUUCUUCUUGACUAUCUUUAUCGAGCAGUUGAUUCUGACAUUUCGAAAGGAAAAGCCAUCAUUCAUUGACUUAGAGAUGUUCAAUGCUGGAUCUGAGGGGGGCAGCGAUUCCGAGUACGAGAGCCCCUUCAUUUCAUCAGGACGAGGUGAAAGCAACUUCGAUAGGCACAGAUCCCAUUCACAUUGCCAUUCCUUGAAUGUGUCUGAGGUGCCCCACUCUAGCCCUUUGCGCUUGCUCAGCCUGGUAUUUGCCCUGUCUGCACACUCUGUGUUUGAAGGUUUGGCCCUGGGGCUGCAGGAGAAAGCAGCAAAGGUGAUCAACCUGUUCAUCGGAGUGGCUGUGCACGAGACGCUAGCUGCUGUGGCGUUGGGAGUAAACAUGGCGAAAGGAGCACUGCCAAUGAAAGAUGCCCUGAAGCUAGCCCUGAUGGUUAGUGCAAUGAUACCUACCGGGAUAGGCAUUGGGAUGGGCAUCCAGAGUGCCAACAGCCUUGGAAGCCAAAUUGCGUCAGUUCUGCUACAGGGUUUUGCUGCAGGAACAUUUCUGUUUGUCACUUUCUUCGAAAUUCUGGUCAAAGAAUUUGAAGACAAGCAUGACCGCCUUCUGAAAGUCCUUUCAUUGAUCAUGGGCUACGGACUGCUGGCUGGGCUUGUCUUUCUCAAGUGGUGACGAUUUGUCUUUGUUCAGCUUGCAGUGUCAUUAAGGCAUAUGCCCAGGUUAGGCAAGGUCAUUUGUUGUUUGCUCAACUUGUUCUGUUAUCUUCUAACCUAUUGUUCCAUCUAUGGGCAAUGUUAGAGUCACUGUUGCUGUUGUGAAUAUCUAACUGAAUUGAUGUUUACUACAAGAGUACUGUGCAAGUUUGUCACUGGGUUCAGUGUAUUGAUUGCAGGUCAGCAGAAAGCAUUUUAAAAGAAAUAUUUAAGCUAUUGCACUGUAAUAAUGUGUUAGUACAUUUCCUGUGGUGUUCUUAAUUAAUACAAAAUUGCUUCCAUCUCUAGAUCAGCCUAAUGUUAUAUAACUCAAAGUAGUUCCUCUGGAAAGGUGCUAUCACAGCUGGGAAUUUUCACAGUUCAGUCAGGGAUUUCACAUGCACAUCAUCACACUUUACUAAAACCCUAAUGACAGCCUGCUGACUAUAUCGGUGCAUGUUUACUGGAUGAGGUUUAAGUUAUUAACAGGGUUUUUUUUUGAAGUCUUCACAUUGAAUUCCUUAUGAACUUCAAUAGCGUUUCUGCACAAACUCUAUUUGUAAACAUUUAACUACUCCAAAGUGUUUUCUUAAUAAAACAAAAUAGUCCAGUGAGAUUUUUAUAGUGCUGCUGAAUGCUACAGUAGCACACCAGUAUUGAAACUAAAAUAAUCCACAGGAAUUAUUCAUUUUUCACCUUGUGCUACUAAUCACACAGUAGGACAGUCUCAUAUCCUGCUUCCAGUUGUGUGUUGGCGCAUUCAGCUGGGUUGGGUGUAUAACAAUGACUUUUUGCUUCUGUCUCCUUGGAUGAGGGAAAGGAACAUCUGCCAGGGUUCUAACCACUGAUCCCUGUGGCCUGAGAGAAAAUGGGAUCAGACUAAUUUCCCAUCUCUUCCUCUCCAUUGCCUUUCAACACUCACUAUCUCCAACUCCUUGUGAAAAGCCAGCUAAAUGAGGUACUUAGUUUGUUGCAAAAUGGUGGAAUGGCAUGAAGGUGGAGUAAAGUUGGACAGAUUGGUGGCAGAAGACAGAGUUACUUGCAGCUUUAUGCUGGCCACUUUUGAAAUUUGUUACUCUUUUUAAACAGCCAGUUUCUCAUUGACCUCGCUGUGGGAGACUGACGAGAAGGAGCACUAACACCAGCAGUGUGAAAGGAUUGAAUUAACUUGCACACCCGAGGUCUGAGUACUUCUAUUAAUUCAGCUCACCUUUUGUGAUGUGAUCAUUAACCUUGCCAAGCAUCAGUUUCAUUCCUACUUAUUAAUAUAAAGCUCUCCAAAUUCUGCUCUGCAUUGACUAUGAUUGUGAGGGCCCAUUCAUUAAUUUCAUUGUCACAACGCCACAGAUGGAGAAACAACAGCAUGGCUUUCUGUUCAGUGACCUCUCUUGGAAACCAUACAUUUGCAUAGCGGGUGAGGACAGAUUUGAGCACUCCUAUUGUGAUGCUAACAGCACCUUCAAGAGAGAGUAUAUCAUUAGCACUGUAUAGGUGCACAAACAAAGUGCUGGCACUACAGGGGAGGGCAUCCUGAAACGGUGAAAGCUCACACUAAUGAUUGGUGAUUUAGAAGAGAGUGGAAAUGGUGUUGCUUGUAACUUAUUUUUAAACAAGAUUUCUUAUUUACUUUCCAAAAAGUAGGAGCUGUCCAGGAAAUAAUUCCAGCAGAUGUGGUAGGAAUUCCAUGCAUUGUUUGUAAAUUUAUGGAAGGACAGUAUUUCCUGUGGAUGGGAUUAGCAGAAGCUCUGUGGAAUAUAAUUGCUCUCUUGGGCAAAACGCUGUUGCCUGUGUAUUGUUUCACUACGCGUCACAGAAGCAGGUUGUUGCUAUGUGUAAAUUCCUGAGUAAUUGCAGUAAGUGAUUCAGAAACAAGUUGAUUUCCCCCAAUGACGUGAGCCUGAAAAACUUUUGAUGUAUUUUAUUCCCUCUGUUUUAUCCCUGAAAGUACAGACCCAUGAGUAGUACAACUUGUACCACUUCCAGGUUGGUCCAGUCCAUGGCUUGAUGGUUUAGACAUUGUGUGUCAGUAGCCUUUUUAACAAGGGAGGAAUUGAAUGCUUUUGUCAAAUUUAAAGGUAACUGGAUCUCAAGUAGGAAGCUCUUUAAUAUAGGUGCCUGGAAUGAAAUUACAGCCAACAAGUGGCCCAUACUGCUUGGUAGUCUUUUUGCAUAUUUUGAACCAAAUUUAAGCAGAUUAUGGAAACCAGCUGUGUUUAAAUAGCAUGGGUGACUGAAUUUAUAUUGGGAGGAAGUGUGGAGCACCAUUUGAUGUGCUUUGACUCAGUUCAAUGAGAGAAACUUUUUUUAAGUGCUACAGAUGUUAACCUUUUCUACCAACACUUAAAAUAUAUUUGCAAGACAGUGAUACAGUUCUCAGAAAUUUCUUUGUGAAUGACAUUUGAAAGACACAAUGAAGUGUGAAUCAAUGGAAGAUUUGCAUGCGCUAUCAUCGGGGAGCACUUAUUGUAAAUGGUUUGAUUUUGAUGGAUUUGCCUUUUAAUGGAGGGUUGGCAGUAUCUUCAUGCCUAAUGGAAAAACUCCAAUAUUUGGUUAUUUAUUUGUUAUCCUCUGUUGCAUAAUGGAGCAAAUGAAACUUGUGUUUAUUUAAUUGUGCAUAAUGCUGUCUCUCAGAUUUGUGCUCUUUAGGUUGCACCGUGUUCUGUCUCCUGAUGGAGCCCUGUAAUAGAGGAGAUACACUGAAUAUGCCACUAACAGUGGGCUUUCUCAUAAUUUAAAGGAUAAAAGAGGCUGACCAGUAUAGUCUAGGAUGUUCCAGUGUUUUAUUUCCCUCUGAAUUGUGUAUUUAAUGUGAGAAAUCUCUCUUGGUUGCUAAUGCUGGCACAAGGGAGAGAAUUGAAAGCUGGUUGCACACAUCUCUCCAUACUUGGUUAAUGGAAAUGGCAACCAAUAUUCUCCUGAACACAUUCAACAGUAAAUGAUUUCUCCCUGAGCAAAGUACGAAAAAUCAAAUACGUAUACAUCUGCUGAUCCAGUGAUCCUUGUUGCUGACUGCACACUUAUGAGCCAAUGAGUAUGGAUGGCCAUGGCACUGAUUCUGUGACAAGUACUUGCUGUUGAGAGGUAUACAUUCAUGGUCCUUUUGGUAAUGUACUAGAAGGCAGCUGACAUCUGUGGAGCUACAGCCCAGCAUGAAUCAGCAUCUUCAGAGGAGGAUUUAUUUUCAAGUCUACCGCAAGACUAGGAAUCUUAAUAAGCUCCACGUCAGUACAAAGGCAAAAUUGCAAGCACUAAUCAUGGAGUGUCAGUUGAGUGUAAAGGCCAACACUAAAGUGUAGAGUCUACUCCACCUGCUUCCAGUACCAUAUUGAGCCCUGAUUUUUGUAUUGAAGCUGCAUAUAACUACAAAGAAAAAUGUACUUUGCAUCUUCAGCAUAUCUGUGGUGUAAAACACUUCCAAUUGUUGUCUUAAUAGCAAGGGACUUGUUUAUGGAUGUUGUUGUAAUGUUGAUGUAAAUCUCAAUGGAUUGUUCUUGAUGGUGUUUAAAGUGUAUUCUUUCUCCCAACAGUCCGAAUCUGCCCGUGAGGUGUUACAAUUAUGUCGCUUUUCAUCUGUUUAUCCUUGCAUUUAUACUCAAGUUAUUUUUGUUUGCUGUAUCCUCCUUGGCAGGGAGGCAAGUAGGAAAACUGGAAUGCUCUUAACUACAUUCUCCGAUAACUUUAAAAAUAUGAAGAUGCAGUAGUUUGUUAAAGGAGAAAUUUAGCCCAAACACAUGAAUCAAAACAUUAAUUAGCAUCCAGAGAAAUUGGAAAUGCUUGAUUUGAUUUUUUUUAUUUCGUUAACUUUGACCUUUUUUAAAUGUUAGUGAUUUUUAUUGUAAAUUUUUUUAAUGUGGAGUUUUGUCUUUUUCCCCUACUUUCACAGCCAUUCCCACUUUUGUGCUGCCCUCUCAUGAUGCCAUGUACUAACCUUGCAUCUAAUGAUCCUCUAGUAGUGAACUGUGUGCUGGUUCUGCCUGGUAUUUGUAUUAUUCUCUAUGGCAUCCCAAGCAGAAGAGAAGUGCCAUACUCGGGGCACAUUCUUGUCCAGAAAACAUUAUCAUUGGUCUAACUGUGUCAAUAAAUUUUCAUGUAAAGUUACAAUGUUCUAUCAGAGUACACGUGUGUCAUUGACCUCUUUAUUACACACUGACUUCUCCAUCAGUGACUG